CAAAGGUCUUACUUGGCACAAACACUAACUAGAAUAUACUAGCACAAAUGCCUGUGCGUUGCAACGGGAGACAUUGCUACAUCUCUUAUGUCUACACCUAUUUCCCUCCUUGCUCGUCUCAGUUUGUCACACGCACAUGCGUUACAACUGAAUAAAAGUUCUUUACACUCCUAUGGUCUUCCUGUAUGCUCUUUGGAGAGAAAAAAUGGCCAGCUUAAUUAAUGAAGCACGUUAAAUUUAUGCUUCAUAUAUUUUCAUUUUAAUUACUCCCUCAGUUUUUGAAUGUGUGCUCCAUAUAUUUAAAUUUGUGUGUGGGACAACAGCACUUAAAAACACCCCCACAUUUCUACACCGAAAAAGCAAUUGAUUAUGUGCAAGCACAACUCCCUAAAGCAAAUUUGAUACAAAAAAUGCCAUUUGUUCCGUCCACCAAAGCAACCAACAAUGCAUUAUUCAUCAAAACUAUACCAUCUACUGAGAUAUGUGUAGUCAUGUUUGAAAAGAAACAAAGACAUUUGCAGUCCGGACUUGUUAAGGAAACAUCGAAUUAGGCCGAGAAAACCUGGUACAACAUUUGCUCUCCGCACUUGUUACCAACACAUAAAAUUUGGCCGAGAUACCCUGAAACAACAUCGAAUUAAGCACACAAGCUUUUCGGGACAGAGGAAGUAGUAUUUACAUAAAUGAUAAAUUUAGCAUGAGAACUUUCUAAACAAACAGCUCAUUACAUAGUUAAAAUAUGAUAUUACUAAACAAAACAAGAGAUAUGGUGAUUUAGGAAAAAGAUAUAGUGAAUUAACCAUCAUACAUUUCUCUUCCGUUUCUCCAUUGUAUAUUUGUAUUGCCCACCUAAUGGAAGAAAUAAAUUAUUUUUCUAAACUACAAAGCUUACGCGGUAAUUUCGCCAGCACAUAAUUAACUCACAUAGUUUUUUAGUUGUGUACAUAGGAGAUUGAUUGGUGAGUUGAAAUAGUACAUGGACAGAGUUGAUUAAAGAAAAACGAAAAUAAUAUGAAUAGGGAGCAUGAAGGCGUGGCUAUGUACCGUCGAUUUUGUCCCGACCGCACAAGCACAGGGCAGAAAAAUAAUAUGCUGCUGAGAAAAUGCAGUGAAGAAAAUUAAUGGUGGCGUGUAACACGAGAGCGACAGGGCUCUUGCCCUUUGCUGCUCCGGCUGGGUAGAAAAUUCAUUGUCUAGCUGGCUGGCUAGUCAUUCACCUUGGCGUUCAGUUUUGUACACCGGUGUCGCGGUCAAGAAAAGGGAAAGAACCCAUUUUUAACUGCGCAUGUGGGCGGUUAUUCAAAGCGGACUGCUACUGAGUUGCUCGGUGGAGUCUUCUUCUUCUACCUAUCGUCUCCGUAGUAGAAAUAAGUUGAGAUAGUAAAAUGAUUGGAACCCGCCGCAGCUUUGGGGGUUCAGACGUCAACUUCAAUGGCGCACAGUGUGGCAGCCUGCGAAUCGAUGUGCCGAUCACACGACUGGCGGUCAUUUACUCUCACCCAACCACCCGAGUAGUACCCAACCCAUUGCGCCUUCGGCGGCCAUGGCCUUCUCCAAAAACAUUUCAACGGGAAGAAGCCAGGAGAAAGAGGACAAGGAAUUGUCCGGACAGUCUGCGGAGGAAAAAAAUUCGGGGGAGAAGAUGUAGUGGUACCUCGUACAGGCGGACGACGUUGGGGUGCUUGAGCAGCUUUAGCGUCAUGAUCUUUGUCUUUAUGUGCGCCACCGCAGCUACCAAUGAGCAAGCAAGACGAAAGAAUCCAAGGAUCGAUCCAUGGAUUGGGCAGAAGGGGGCGCGCACCUGCUCAUCGGUCUUCAUGGCGAGGAUGCGCUGGCGGUCGAGGAUCUUGAUGGCGAAGGGUCGGCCCGUGUUGGCGUGCCGCGCCAGCCUCACCUUGCCGAAGUGCCCCUCCCCCAGUGUCCGGCCGCCCCAUCUCGUACUUGCCCAUCCGCAUUGCUCCCUCCGUAGCCGCCAUGCCGGCGCGGGUUCGCCGGCCUGCCGGCACCUCUCGGCGGGGGUAAAGGUCAGGACGCGAGAGCGGCCAUCCAGCCCACGAGGUACCCCGCCCCCAGCUCCUUCCUACCUACGACAGGUCGUGCUCCACCUCAGGCCACGAAGUCUGUCCGCGUUUCAGCCAUAUUCACGGCUCCGUUCCUCUUCCACGACCGUGGCAAGGGCGAUUGCUGUCGCACGCCCCUGUGAUUUCGUGCUUAAGACAAGAAAUUAUAUAGGAGGAAGAGGAUGGAUUAAACAGGAGGAAGAAGAUGGAUUAAACAGGAGGAAGAGGACGGAUGAGGAGGAGCCGCGGUAGGGAUCUGUUCUUUGGUCGGCUAGAUUAGGGAGGAAGGAGAAGAUUUAUUUGUGCUAGAAUAAGAAUCCACACACAAACCUACAUCCCACGACUGGAGUUGCCGUCGGACCAGCAGCAGGAGACCGAGCCGUCAUGGCCAUGGAGCAUCGCCGCCACGGCCUCCACUACGCGCCGCCGAGCUUGAUCCCUACCUCAUCCGCCUCGCGUUGAUGUUCGCCGCUUCCCUGUCGUUGCCCUUCUUGGAGAGCCAUGUCGCCCUCGUCGUGCGUAUGUCCCGAUCGGAUCAAAAGCGCGGCUUCUCGAUCUGCAGCCGAACAUGCAGGCCACACAAAGAUCGAACCGUUUUUUCUCCCUCACCAAGGACUGCGGGUUGAUUACCAUAAAAUAGAAGGGUUUUUCUGCAAAAACGCCACGACGGAGGACCAGAAACCCAAUUUGCUUUAUUAUUAGGGAGAGAUAAAACCAACUCAAAAUAGAAGCAAAUACAGGAAAAUAGAAAGAACAUAAACAAAAAGUAAAAAAAUAUUUUAUUCGUUGGGCUGCCUCCCAACAAGCGCUAUCGUUUUACGUCCUUAGCUAGGCAUAAAGCAAUACAUCAAGUAUUGUCAUCCUUGGAUUUUACUCCAUAGGUAGCCCUCAUAGGGCAGUUCAAUCUUGGUCCUUGGGAUGUGUUCCAUGCCUUUUUCAAAGGAAACUGAAACUUUAUAUUCCCCUCUUUCA